AUGAAAUUCCUAACAGACAGGCUUGAAAAGAGAGUAACCAGAGGAGAAUUGCUUAGGGCCCAAGAGUCGAAUGAAAAGGCGCCCAUUCAAUUGUCUCGCAUUGUCCAAAAAACUAUUGAGGCAUCAUUAAUCAGACGGAAGCGAGGCAGAAAGCCAAAAAUCCAAAAUUCAGAAAAAGACCCCGAGGUAAUUUCAAAAUCGAAGGUAGAUGAAAACCCAUUUCUGAUGGAUUGGACCCCAAUAUUUAAAACAAUUCUUGUAUCAAGAGAUUCUAAUGGGAAGAUUGAAGGGGAUAUAAAUGAGAUUCCUAAUGAAGCUGAAAGCAGCCAAAAUUCUGACAUAGAGCUGUCAGACGAAAUGAUUGAAGAUAAUAUAAAAGAUGACCCUCAAAUAUGGGCCCAGGGGAUUGAAAAUGUGCCUUGCAGCGAACCCAUGGCUGAAGACAUUGAAGAUUUCCCGAUUCGCCUUUAA